GCGUUACGUCAUCCGUACAAGGAUCCACACAGCUACUCCUCACAACGUGCAGAAAAUCGAACGAGUAAGGACGUGUUUGCAGUAAAUUCCAGUAAGAAGCAUCCGGAAAAAUCCAGAAAAAUGAUGGACGUCAAGGCUUUGAACCAAAAAGAUACUCUCGCAAAAGUAUCGAAAGGAAACCUUACGAAAAAAGACGCUCUUGGAUUCUUUUUGCACAUGCGUGAGCAAAACAAAACCAUGCAACGCAAACAAGUCCGCUUGCUCACCGCCCAAGCGUUGUCGAAGAUGUACAAGGACAACGGAGGCCAAUGCACUGUCACGCAAGCAUCUCAGCGUCUCAUCGUUGCAAUCAAAUUGCACGAUCGGUACAAGGGCAGCAUCCGUUUGAGCAAGAAAUCGACUCCGGAGGAGUACUGGAACGACUUUAUGCAAAAGAUUUCGGGCUCAUUCACGCCGAAUGCACUUGCCCAGAAGAACAACUAAGCCGGAUUUCCUGUGGAAGUCCCGAAUCUCGAACUUUAGUUUUAGUUAUUAACCAUUUUUUUUCGAUGUUUAAAGCACGGAACGAUGCUUGCCGCUCUCCGUAGUGUUAGUUAUGUAAGUUUUUGGCCUGAACGACGCGAAAAAUUCCGUUCAGAAGCCCCAUUUUCAUGUUGAUUCAAAGAAAGUAUUGCCAUGUACUCAAAUUUCAUGUGAAUUAUUACUUAGACUUCUUUCGAAAGGAACAAAUAAAUUUGUAAAAUGUACCAAAAA